AACCAUCAUACAAAAUAAACCAAACCCUUUCUUUUCUUCCCCACAAACCACCGCACUAAACAACAAAAAAGCGCUCAUUAAUUAAUAUAAUUAUGGGAGCUUCAACGACGGCGAAGCUUGAUGACAAGAAGGCGUACGGAGCGGUGGUACUGAUACAGCUGAUCUACGCCGGAAUGUUCCUCCUCUCCAAGGCGGCGUUCGACGGCGGCUUCAACACUGCCAUCUUCGUCUUCUACCGGCAGGCCUUCGCCGCCGCCGUCGUCGUCCCACUUGCCCUCUUCCUCGAGUGGAAGCACGCGCCGCCGCUCUCGCUGCCCACCUUCGGCAAGAUUUUCGUCCUCUCGCUCUUCGGGAUAACGUUGAGCUUGAACAUCAAUGGGAUAGCUUUGAUCUACACUUCAGCAACUUUGGGUGCUGCUACUGUUAAUUCCCUGCCAGCCAUUACUUUCUUCUUGGCUCUUCUAUUUGGGAUGGAGACACUAAAGGUGAGGACAAAACCAGGAAUGGCAAAACUAGCUGGGAUUGUGAUAUGCAUGGGAGGAGUAGCAGCUCUUGCUUUCUACAAAGGCCCCCAUUUUAAGGUCUUCUCUUUCUUCAAACAUGACCUCCAUGGCCAAAGUGGGAACCUUAGCUCUCAAGUACACUCUAGCUCUUCUCAUAACAACACAUGGGUCAAGGGUUGUUUCUUGAUGCUCUUCUCCAACCUCAGCUGGGGCUUUUGGCUUGUCUUUCAGGCAAUACUUCUGAAAAGCUACCCAUCGAAGCUUCUCUUUACAGCGCUCCAAUGCUUUUUGAGCUCGAUCCAGUCCUUGGUGGUGGCAGUUGCCAUUGAGAGAAAUCCAGAGGCAUGGAAGCUUGGCUGGAACAUGAAACUUGUGGCCGUGACUUACUGUGGAGUUGUGGUGACUGGAGUAACGUACUACUUACAAGCAUGGGUUCUGGAGAAGAAAGGUCCGGUCUUUCUAGCCAUGUCGACUCCUCUCGCUCUGAUCUUCACAAUGUUGUGUUCUGCACUACUAGGCGACUUCAUCAACCUUGGAAGUGUAUUGGGUGGAAUGCUUUUGGUUGGAGGACUUUACAGUGUUCUAUGGGCAAAAGGCAAAGAAGAGCAAAUGAAGAUGGAUGAGAGUAUUGACGAGAAGAUGCAGAUUCCAGAAGUGCAAAUGGAGAGCUUAGAGCUUAAACAAGUGGUUACAAUCAUUAGCAUCCCCGAGAAUCAAGCGCCAAAAACCAAUGUUGCUACCACUUAAUGCUUGCUUGUCUUAGUUGACUACUCAAUCAGUAGAUAACAUGAACUUUCUGUUUAAGUUGUCUUUUUGUAAGGAGUGGGAAACCAUCUCAGUUAUAAGAUUUUGUGCUAACAGUUGCAGCAGCGGUCAACGAUCAAAUGGGUUCAAGGCGAAGUAGUGGAGUGGCUAAAUAUGAACGGUAACAAUGUCUGUUAUUGACAUAGUUGUUGUAUGCUCGAAAUCUUAACGAAGCAAGAGAAUUCUUAAUCAACUUAUCAAUUAUACUUUCUUACUCCUCUC